AUGGCUACGAUUACUUCAUUAGAUAUUAAUGAUGCAUCGAUAAUAAAUUAUGGCAAACCAAAUGGUCUUCACUGGAUUACUGCUGCAUUAUUCCUGAUCGCUGAUAUGGCUGGUGCCGGUAUUGUUGCAUUUCCGGUUGCAAUGACUCGAUCCGGUACUUUUGGUGGUAUAAUUAUUUUGGUACUGUUAGCAAUUACAUUUUGUUAUACAGCAUGCAUACUAUCAAAAAAUUGGAUUAUUAUGUGCGAACGAUGGACUGUUUAUGCUAAACACUGCCGGAAACCGUAUCCGGAAAUGGCAUACCGUGCAAUGGGCACCAGUGCAAGAUCUAUUUGCUCGUUUAUUCUCAACACUGUCCUCUUUGGUGUCGCCGUUGUCUUUUGUUUACUAGCAGCUUAUAUCAUUAAUGAUUUUAUCAUUUCCAUUACUAAUUAUGAUAUUGGAUUUUGCUAUGUUUUGUUAUUUGUUACAGUAGCUAUUUAUCCGGUAACAUUGUUACGAUCACCACAAGAUUUUUGGUGGGCGGUUGUAUUAGCUAUGCUAACAACACUGUUUUCCGUAUUUCUCAUCCUUGUUGGUUCAUGGUUGGAUUACGGAAAAUGUGGCACUGAUCAGAAAAAGCCAGUCAUCCGGUUUAAUGACAUCGUUGCAUCUUUGGGGACAUUUAUGUUUGGCUUUGGUGGACACAUUGUAUUUCCAAGUGUGCAGCAUGACAUGAAAUAUCCGAAACAUUUUAUUCGUUCUGCAAUUUUAGCUUUUGUCGGAGUAGCAGUGCUGUACUUACCCGUGUCCAUACUCGGUUACGUGACGUACGGUAAUUCACUUCACGACUCCGUUAUUAAUUCUAUACAGGUACCACAUUUUGGUUGGCAUCGAAUUAUUAUUCGUACAAUUGUCCUUUUAGCAAUUUUAUUUGUUGCGGAAACAGUACCCAAAUUCGGACCAAUCCUAAAUGUUAUUGGUGGUAGUACAGUUGCGCUCACAUCAGCAAUGUUACCGCUUAUUUACAAUAAUUAUCUAAACGCAUCGAUCCACGAUCCAAUCACAAAUACUUAUAAACGACCAACAUUUUCACAAGUACUUCAACGAAAUUCAAAAAGUAAAUUAUUGGUUGAUUUCAUUGUUAUUGUAGUAUCGGUACUAUUCGGCAUGGCAACAACAUACAUUGCUAUAAUUGACAUGUCAUCAACAGAUUUCACUGCGCCGUGCUAUUUGUCAUUUGCGGAAAGUGCAGCGGCGCAGAAUGCAUCUGCUCAACUGUUAUCAGUGCAAUCAUCGCUUUGUGAUUAA